ACCUAUAUCGGCUCCAUCCUGGUGGCGCUGAACCCGUACCAGCGUCUGCCCGGCGUUUACGGGCGCGCGGCGGUGGAGCGCUACGGCCGCCACCGGCUGGGCGAGAUGCCCCCCCACAUCUACGCCGUCGCCAACGAGUGCUACCGCGCGCUGUGGAGGGCGCCGCGGGACCAGUGCGUGCUCAUCAGGUGGGUGAUGGGAGUCCUCCAGGGUGGACACGGUGCUGGGCAGGUGCUGGUCCUCCUCCCACAGCCACACCCGGUCGCCCUGGAAACCAGAGCACAUUCAGCCGUCUGCCUCACGCAAGAUGGCCGCCGGGGCCUCAGGCCCGCUGCCGGGGGCUCAGGCCCGCCCCUAAACGGGGAGAACCAGAACCAGAACCAGAGCCAGGACCAGGACCAGGACCAGGACCAGGACCAGGACCAGGACCAGAACCAGGACCAGGACCAGGACCAGGACCAGGACCAGGACCAGAACAAGAACCAGAACCAAGACCAGAACCAGAACAAGGACCAGGACCAGAACCACAACCAGAACCAGAACCAGAACCAGGACCAGGACCAGGACCAGGACCAGGACCAGGACCAGAACCAGAACCAAGACCAGAACCAGAACCAGAACCAGAACAAGGACCAGGACAAGGACCAGGACCAGGACUAA